CUGGCACUUCCGCAUCCAUGCGGGACCGGACACGGGAGCUCCGGCAGGCCUCCGGGAGCAGCUCAGAGGGGGAUGAGGCUGAAGAUGGGGACAAAGAGGCUUUAAUGAAGCUGAACCCGCUCCUGCAGGCAGGCCGGGUGCGCACAGCUCUGCGGGCGCUGGAGCAGGAGCUGCAGGCGCUGGAGCAGCUGCAGGAGGAGGCUCUGGGCAGCCCCCUGCCCCCCGACGGGCAGCAGAGGGAUCUGCAGCUGCACAGGGAUGAGAUCCAGGAGCUGACGCAGGAGAUCCGAUCCCGGCUGCGAGCGCUGGAGCUGGCCAAGGAGGAGGAGGAGGGCGACAACCGGACCAGCAUCAGGGCCCGGGUGAGGCGCACCCAGCACGCGGUGCUGACGCAGCAGUUCCUGGCGCUCACUGGGCGCUGCCAUGCGGCUCAGGCCCAGUUCCGCCAGCGGCGCCUAGAGAGGGUCCAGAGGCAGCUGCAUGUGGCUGGUAGCGCCCCGGUGACGGAGGAGGAGCUGGAGCAGAUCCUGGAGUCAGGGCACAGCGAGAUCUUCGUCAGCAACGUGCCGGGUGCGUCGCGGGCGCUGCAGGACCUUGGCCAGCGGCACCGGGAGCUGCAGCGCUUGGAGCGGGGCCUGCGGGACCUGGGCGAGCUCUUCACUGCACUGGGCACCAGUCUGGAGCAGCAGGGGGAGCUCCUGGACCGCAUCGAGCACCACAUCCAGGACUCCGGCGCCCGCCUGGACAAGGGCACGCGGCAGCUGGAGGCAGCGAGGCGGAGCCAGCAGGGGUCAAGAAAGAAGAAGCUGUUGCUGGCCGGGUGCGUCCUCAUGGUCGCCGUCAUCGUCGCCAUCAUCAUCGCUGUCGCCGUGGCAACCGCAUAGGCCACGCCCCCCCGCGCUCCCAUUGGCUGCUGGGGGUGGCUGAAGCUCCGCCCUCGCGCUCCCAUUGGCUGCUGGGGGUGGCUGAAGCUCCGCCCUCGCGCUCCCAUUGGCUGCUGGGUAUGGCUGAAGCUCCGCCCCCCCCGCGCUCCCAUUGGCUGCUGGGGGUGGCUGAGGCUCCGCCCCCCCCGCGCUCCCAUUGGCUGCUGGGGGUGGCUGAAGCUCCGCCCUCGCGCUCCCAUUGGCUGGGGGGGCCUGGCUGACCAAAUAAAGGUGUUUUUGCCCUUAAA